GUGACAAUGUGGGGCUGCUAUGUGAACAGCCUCAAAGCACUGUCAUCCCUCCAAGCAACCGUCACCAAUUUUGCUGCCAACUUCAUUUCAUCAGGUCUUGCAGGGUACUUUCUGUUCGAGGAGCCACUGCCUUCUAAGAGGAGAUUUUCAGCUGUUCCUGAAGCACUGUAGAUCAUGAUCCUCUGAAAUGCAGUGUGAGUGAAAAAAGAUAAGGUUCUUUCCACUGUUCAUGAAGCACAGCAGAUAAUGUUCCUCUGAAAUGACAAUCCUAUGUCGGAUGCUCCAUCAACAUUAGCUUCCCAUCUGCUGACCCCUCCAAGGGACAGCAUAAUUUGCUUUUGAUACCCGCGGUAUAGUUUCAUCAGUGUUUAACUGUCCCUUCGUUUCUAAGAGAACCUUCUUAGUACGCCAGUCUGGACUGUUAACUGAUACUACUACCUUGUUUGGUGAUACUGAUACCUGAACGGCUGAACCUGUGUUAUCACUUGUCAGGACCUUACAGUUUGCUCUGUCCUGCUAGCGAGCAACGCAAUCAGUAAUUCAGUAUAUCGAAGGAGAUCGUGCGUGGUCGUGCUAUCAGCCGAUCAAGUGAUGAAAACUUGAAUCUAUAGGGAUUGAAUUGUCAUCCUCAUCAGUAAAAAAUAUUUGCAUUCCAAACAUGUCUGAGGCUUUUCUUGAAAUAAAAAAAAGAAUCAUUGCAGUUGCCUGUUGCAGCAUCCGGAAAGAAAGAAAGAAAGAGGAGCACAUGCACAUGCCAUGCGUCCCAUUUGAGCAUCUUUUAUUGGGGUAGGGUGGGUUCCUCCUGAAUGGAUGCAAUCUGCAUGGCAAGUAAACCAUUUCUGUUGACUAGUACAAACUCCUGCUGAAAAAUAUUCUUCAGACAAACGGAGUAGGACCAUCCGAGACGAUCGAUCGAUGAAUCGAUGGACUUUAUGGGUGUAGUACGCUGGGCAGAGACAAGAGUUUGGCUAUCUUGAUUCUGAGGAUGAGUCGACCAAGGGACCCUUUGCAGGGUCAGGUUUGUUUUUUGUCCCACUCUCUGGAAGACUGGAGUAGUACACUACUUGAAGCAUCCCAUAGCUGGGGGAUAGUGACAAUUACAGAGUCGUUCUACAUUGUGUAUUCGCUUAUCUAAUUUGCUGAUCCUGAAGAAACGGGCAGUCUAUCCUAGAUGGAAAUGGAAGAACAACGAUCUGAAAUGGGAAUAGUAAACCCGAAAUUAUGGAAAUUAGGAGUAACACAGGAUUGAUUGGAAACGUUUCAUUCAGAAAUUUUUAUACGUUCCAAACGAGACACUGCGUGUUGCUUCGACUACACGUUGUGCGUCCGGCACGAUACGACAAACUUUCCAGCUGAAGCUGGAUGUAUGCGAGCAGUGCAACGGCCGGCCGGGAAACGAACACCUCUUGAAUCCCUCUCACAGAAGCGAACAAGCCAGCUUCGUGGCCAGUAAGUACCAAGCCACAGCUCACCGCGGAAUCGACCGGGGUGAGCUGAGCUGGAUGCAGAUUGCGCCCGGAGUAACCGAGCUGGGGACGGGGUUAAAGUGAGGACAUGAUUAGUCUGUUGAAAAAAAACUUUAGGAAUACCAAAUUUUGGUUUAUUGAUACAUGGUAAAAAAAAAGUGUACCAGAGAUCUUAUUUGCUCUGAAUUUUGGAAAUCUCAAGAGUAAAUACUCAGAAUCUACUAAACUCCUAUUUGGUAAGGUUCAUAUAUGUUUAGAAGAUAGUAUAUUUGAUUUAUUACGCAACCGAAAUAUGGUAUAUUGUUUUUCCUAACGAGAAACCAAUGAAGCCCUUGAUUUUCGGGGUAGAAAAUGUUGAAAUUCUUACUACAAGAUGUCUGAUUUAUUACCUUACAAAAUGCGACAGCAGUAAAUUUUGGUGAUCUUUAAUUUUUUUUUGUGGCAAGAAACCCAUCAAAGCCCCUUUGAUCCUGGCGUGGAAAGCGAUAAGCGGUGGUGUCGCGUCGCGUCUGCAGUAGAAAUGGAAGCCUGGGGGCUGUGGCUGUGGCGUGGGCCAAAGCAGCAGCCAUCACCAGAUAACCCCGCCCGCAUGCCCCCGCCUCAGGCCCCCCUCCCCAACGUAGUAUAUUCACCUCGCCGCACGGCAGCGGCAGCAGCAGCGUGCCACGAGACGACCACCAGCUAGCUCGCAAUGGCGCAGCACGAGAGGAAGCCAGUCGGCGAGGCGGUGGACGUGGAGGCGGGAGGAGGAGGAGGACGGCAGCGAGCUGCGGCGGCGGCGGGGGAGAGAAUGAGGUUGACGUGGUCGUGCCUCGCCGUGGCGGCGGGCGUGGCGGCGACGGGGGUGGCGGGCGCGGCCGUGCUGGUGUGGUGGGCGGUGGCGUUCCACCCGGCGCAUGAGCAGCUGUGGAUGGUGCCCGUCGGCCUCGUCCUCCUCGGCACCCCGCUCGUCGCCUGGCUCUCCCUCUUCGCCUCCGGUGCGUGCCGCCGCCUCGGCAGCCUCCGCGCCGUCCAGGACCAGGUCCCGCCGCCCUUCGCUGCCGAGAGAUGACUGGGUUGUCUUCGAUCUGUCGUCCGUCCGUCGAGUGUACAUUUUCUUAGUCUUAUUAUUCUUCUUCGGUGUUCUUUCUUAUCGUCGUUUUUCCUAAGAUGAUCGGAAUGUGAUCAGAAUGGGAUCCAAAUUCUAAAGAAAAGUUCUUGCUAGUACAAACCUGCAGAUUUCAGAUGCUUCGAUUGA